AUGAAUGAAUCAGCAAAAACUCCAGAAAGGCCUAUUCAAUCAAAAAAGCGAAAACUUUCGGACGAUGCAGAUAUGCGCAAGCCGAAAGCCGCAAAAACGGUGGAAGAAUACACCCAGCAUCUUCGACAUAACAACCUCGUCUUCAGGAAAGAAUGGAAUCGAAUCGCCGAGAUGGACACGAAAAUCAACGACUUGGAGAGCCAACUUCGAAUUCUGAAGGGCGAACGAGACGAGAAAAGACUCAAUUACAAAGAAAAACUCGAAAAUUUCAAGAAAGAAAGCUCCCCUCCCGACGGAAUUUCUCAGCCGACCGACCUCUUCGUCCAAGAUUCUGACAUGUUUUGGAUCAUAAUGGCUCAUCUCCGAGAAAUCGAGGGCGACGACUCUUCCCACAAAGCAUUCAUUGAUCAUCUCAACAUCUCCCUCGACUGCAUGGUAGACUGGAUCUCCGGCAUUGGUAAAACAUACGCUAAACGAAUUAUCGAGGCACGUCCAAUUACUGAUUUCAAGCAAGUUGAAGCGAUUCUUGGAAAGAAGCGAGCGAAAAGAAUUGCCCUUAAAUUUGAGCAAAAACGCAUGUUCAGAUAUACCAAACCGUAA